CCUGCCACGCCUUCUCGUUCUGCCGCUUCGUGCUUACCAAUUAGCGUCUCUGGUUUCUUCUCUUGGGCGCGCUAUGCUAUGAGCUGCUGAGCAAGCAGUAAUCUGGAAGUCGGGGAGAGGGGGGAGAGGAGAGAAUGAGUUUAUCUGAGGUGUCCGGUGAUCCACUAGAGCUGCUCCUCCGUUUGGGCGUGCAUUUCUCGGUUACAUGGUUAAAUUUUUCAUAGGAAGAUUCAGAGACAUGAUGUCGCGGCACUGCACAAAUCGCGUCUUUAUAACAAGAGGUUCCAACAUCCUUCAAGGUCCCAAAUCUAGACGUACAGCCAGUAGGAGUCGCAGCACCGUCAGAUAUAACCGGUGCUGCGUCAGAGCUAAUCUAUGGAGGAUCGGUCACCUUCAUGUCAAAAUUACUCCUUCCGAGAUUAUUGCAGUAUUGCAAGCGUCAGAUGUUUUCAGUAGUAUCAAGAAAUGGGGCAAGGUGCAAUUGGUCGCCAUGACAGGGCUGAUGGCAUGUGCUGUUCUAGUAGUCCCUUCUGCUGAUGCUGUUGAUGCUCUCAAGACAUGCACUUGCCUGCUAAAGGAAUGCAGAAUAGAGCUGGCCAAAUGCAUAUCCAACCCUUCAUGUGCAGCAAACAUAGCAUGUUUGCAGACUUGCAAUAAUCGACCUGACGAGACGGAUUGCCAGAUCAAAUGUGGGGAUCUGUUCGAGAACAGGGUAGUCGAUGAAUUCAAUGAGUGUGCAGUUUCACGGAAGAAAUGUGUCCCAAAAAAGUCUGAUAUCGGCGAGUUCCCAGUCCCUGAUCCAUCUGCCCUUGUCAAGAACUUCAAUAUGGCAGAUUUUAAUGGCAAGUGGUACAUAUCAAGUGGCCUGAAUCCUACUUUUGACGCAUUUGAUUGCCAGCUUCACGAGUUUCAUGUCGAGGGAGACAAACUUAUCGGAAACAUAACAUGGAGAAUCCGCACCCCCGACACUGGUUUCUUCACCAGGUCGACUGUGCAGCGGUUUGUGCAGGACCCAUCACAACCCGCAAUACUCUAUAACCAUGAUAAUGAGUACCUGCACUAUCAAGAUGACUGGUAUAUUAUCUCAUCCAAGGUUGAGAACAAGGAAGAUGACUACAUUUUUGUGUAUUACCGUGGAAGAAAUGACGCAUGGGAUGGAUAUGGUGGAGCCGUUGUGUACACAAGAAGUAAAGUUGUACCUGAAACAAUAGUGCCUGAGCUAGAAAGGGCAGCAAAAAGCGUAGGUCGGGACUUCUCCACAUUCAUCAGGACCGACAACACCUGCGGUCCUGAGCCUCCUCUUGUGGAGAGAAUCGAGAAAACCGUCGAGGAGGGAGAGAAGACCAUCAUCAAGGAGGUGGAGGAGAUCGAAGGGGAGAUCGAGGGGGAGGUCGAGGAGCUGGAGAGAGAGGAGGUGACAUUGUUUCAGAGGUUGGCAGAAGGUCUCAUGGAGUUGAAACAGGACGUGAUGAACUUCUUGCAAGGGCUGAGCAAGGAAGAGAUGGAGCUGUUGGAUCAGCUGAACAUGGAAGCAACUGAAGUUGAGAAAGUUUUCAGUCGUUCACUGCCACUGAGGAAGCUAAGGUAGCUCUAGUAGCAACUCCAGCCUGCAAAGAGAACUUCGAGAAGAGCAUUGCAAUCAGGUAGUGAUCGAAGUUGAUUGUUUCUGCCGAGGCAGUACCUACAGUAACAUAUUGUUGAACAGACAGCAAACAUUUCGAAUCCCCAAAAGUUUUCCUGUGGUCACAAUAUAUUCCCAUAUUCUACUUGUAAUUUUUAAAGCAUCAACAAGUAUGUAACUUUCUGCCCAGAAAAAAACAACUCUAGAAUUUUAUGCAACUUUUCCUAAUAUGCUUGGGAUUAUAAUAUACUAUCACUUUUUGUGA